GUCCUCCCCUAGAUUUGAAACUCCAUUAGAGUUACUUACCCUCACCCCCAAAAUCACACUCACUCCGAGUAUAAAGUCCACCUCCCUCCUCUUCCUAUUCUUAUCUUCUAAUUAAACCCUUUCUCUCUCUCUCUCUCUCUCUCUCUCUCUCUCUGGCGCUCUCUCUCUAGAGAAGAAGAAGAAGAAGAUGGAGCGCUCUGUGCGUUUGGUUUCAGCGGUUUUCCUCGUGCUGAUGCUCCUCGUCACCACUGAGACGGGGAACAUGGUGUCGGAGGCGAAGACAUGCGAGUCGCACAGCCACCAGUUCAAGGGGAAGUGCGAGAAGAAGAGCCACUGCGCCGCCGUAUGCAAGACGGAGGGCUUCACCGACGGCCACUGCCGGGGCAUCCACCACCGCUGCUUCUGCUCCAAACACUGUUGAUGAUGAGUUCUGGGAAUCCAUGGCUGUCUUACGUGGUCGUCUCCUUCAAUAAUUCAGCUAGCUAGCUAGCCGUAGCGCUGUCUCUGCUGCUGCAGUAGUAGUAAUUUUGAGUGUCUAUGUAGUGUGUUGACGACCGGAGGCUUCACUCCCGCUUUCUUCUAUGGUGUCUAAUCCAUGGCUCUGUCUCUCUUACUGUUUGGCUCUCUCUUCCUCUCCAUGUUUAAUAUUAUGUAACCAUGCUUCCAAAA